AUAGUCGUUGGACUUAUUUUUAAAGCAUCGGUUUAGUGUCCGCAGUUGCAUCGGAAAAUUCAAGGAAGAAAAAAAAACGAAAUAAAAUCUGUGAAUUUUAUUUCCGCUUCCCAAGUUCAAGUGCAUUUAAAAUUAUAUUUAAAACAAAACAAAAAGUUACGUUUGUAAACCAAAACGUGGAUAUUUAAUAAAAUAAUUUUAAAAAAUACCAAGCGGAUAGAAAUUGAUGUGACCUGAAGUAACUUUUGCAAUCAAUAAUUAACUAAAUAAAAAAAUAUUUUGUAAUCAAGUUUAAUCAUUGGAUGAACAUAAUUUCGAAAUAAAAUGCCAGUUUACGAGAUAAAAGAACAUAAACAGCAGCAACCAUCGCAAAUAGCUGAGAAAAUAUUUGACGAUCAUGGCAGUGGAAGUUCAAGUGGUGUCUCUGAAGAUGAAGAUACAACUCCAGUUGUGAAAAGGAAUACAAAUCAGAACCAGAACCAGAAAUCUUCUGAUGCUUCUGCCGAGAGAUUUAUCUCAUUACCAAAUCGGAGUCAUGAAGAAUUCUUACGAAAAAUGUUUGACAAUGUUCUCAACAAAGCAAUCUUCGAAGGUACAAAACGCGAGAAUAAAGUUCUCGAAUGGGUCGAUCCUAAAGUUCUUGAAGAAAGAUUCGACAUGAGCUUGAAAGACGAGCCAGACACCGAUGACGAACUUUUGAAAUUGGCAGAUGAGACCAUUAAAUACUCAGUGAAGACUGGUCAUCCAUAUUUCGUGAAUCAGCUUUUCUCGUGCGUUGAUCCGUACGGGUUUGCUGGUCAAGUCAUCACUGACGCACUCAAUCCCAGUGUUUACACAUACGAAGUGUCACCAUGCUUCAUCUUGAUGGAAGAAAUUGUUCUUAAAGAAAUGAGAAAGAUCGUUGGAUACUCGAAUGGUCAUGGUGAUGGAAUUUUCUGUCCCGGUGGAUCUACAGCAAACGGUUAUGCUAUUUCUUGCGCGCGUUAUCACGUUUGCCCCGAUAUUAAGACAAAAGGCCUCCAAUGUUUACCGCGUCUUGUUUUAUUUACAUCAGCUGACGCUCAUUACUCGAUUAAGAAGUUAGCCUCGUUCAUGGGCAUUGGAACCGAUAAUGUUUACUUAAUUGAAACGGAUAACUUGGGCAAAAUGGAUAUGAAGCAUUUGGAAAGUGAAAUUAUUCGUGCAAAAUCUGAAGGUGCUUUGCCGUUCAUGGUUUCAGCUACUGCAGGUACAACAGUUUUGGGUGCUUUCGAUCCAUUAGAAAAAGUCGCCGAAUUGUGCGAAAAAUAUAAAAUGUGGAUGCAUGUCGACGCUGCGUGGGGCGGUGGUGCUUUGAUGUCGCAGAAAUACAAAAAAUUGCUCAAAGGAAUCGAAAGAUCUGACUCAGUUACGUGGAAUCCACACAAGAUGCUUGCAGUUCCACAACAAUGUUCAACAUUCCUUUGUCGUCAUGAAGGCAUCUUAUCGGCAUGUCAUUCAUCAAAUGCAGCUUAUCUUUUCCAAAAAGAUAAAUUCUACGAUACAAAAUACGACACAGGUGACAAACAUAUUCAAUGUGGUCGACGUGCUGAUGUCUACAAAUUUUGGUACAUGUGGCGUGCAAAGGGAACAAAAGGAUUUGAAAAGCAUGUCGAUUCUAUUUUUGAUCGUGCUGAAUAUUUCACAACACUCGUGAAAAGCCGGGAAGGUUUCGAGCUUGUGUCAGAACCUGAAUGCACAAAUGUUUGCUUCUGGUACAUCCCAUCAAAGCUUAGAGCUUUGCCACGUGACGAUGCAAGAUUCACGCAAGAACUUCAUAAAAUUGCACCAAAAAUUAAAGAGAGAAUGAUGAAGGAGGGAUCGAUGAUGAUCACAUACCAACCUCUCAAUACAAAACCAAAUUUCUUCAGAUUGGUUCUUCAAGAUUCGUCGCUUAAUCACAACGACAUGAUGCAUUUUAUUGACACAAUCGAGCGGUAUGGUGAAGAGCUUUGAAUGUCUUUCUUUCUUUUCUUAAAUCAUCAAAACUACAAUCCAAUAAAAUUAUCUAAAUAAAAAUAAAUAUUUUAGUCUUAACUUGUGCAGAAAAUAAAAUUUUGUGACAUUUUUACAAACGAAUUUUUUGAACUUGAAAACUGGCUUGGUUCAUAAUCAGGGCAUGAAAUGUAAUGACUUUGAAUAAACUUUCAUUUCCGUAAGCAGCACAAUGUUUACGUUACAAUAUUUAAUUGUAAAAUUAAAGGGCUGUAAAGUAAUAAAGGUUUCUGAUCAAGACAAA